AUGGCUAAAUUGCUGGCCACAAUUAAAGCGAUCAUCACUCGGAUAAUCUUCAGUACGCACGGAUUUAUCGCCAUAUGGCAAGUGACUCAGAACACGAAGGAUCCGUUGUAUUGGUGUCUUUGUUCCCCCAUAGGUGUUUUGUUUAUCGAGGGAUUUUUUACACUUGCAAUUAAGAAAAAUCAGGAAUGGCGAUGGUUCUGUCCCUCGGUGUUCAUCUACUUGUCCACCAUAGUUCCCGCGAUUUGGCUUUUAGAGCUAGACAAAUUGGAAAAGCGAACGCUUUUCCAGGAUCAAGUGUUGAACGAAACCAUCAACUUCGCGGCCACCGUAGGUAAAGACCUGAAGGACCUGAACAAAAUGCUCGGUGUGAAAAUCCAACUUCCGGAAAUUCACCUGAAUGCCGAUACCUGGGUCACAUUGAUUGAGCAAUUCCUGAUGCUAGUUCUGAUUGUUGGCCGCUGGAUGUUGCCGAAAGGUGACCUAACUCGGGAUCAGCUGAGUCAGCUAUUGUUGGUUUAUAUUGGAACGGCGGCGGAUAUAAUCGAGUUUUUCGACUCCUUCAAAGAUAGUAAAAUUGCUAAUGAACCGGUGCUGGUGUUGUUAACUUUGAGUAUCUGGUCCUGGAGUUUGCUGCAGUUCACAAUUGUUCUGUCGGCCACACGUGCCCGGAAACCCCGUGGGGGUGGAAGUGCCAUGCAACACGAAGAGGAGGACGCUCACUGUUGCAACGUUGGAUGCUGCAAUAUCGAUGUGUGGGGAAUCGCGUUGAAUAUUUUGCUUCAGGAUGCGCCAUUUUUAACUUUUCGACUGCUAAUUAUUAUCCACUAUAAAAUUAUCACCUACAUGAAUAUCUUUUUUACAUGUAAAAAUACAUUGGUUAUACUGUUACAACUUUAUCGAUUGUAUGUGCUUAACUCGGAGAACCGGAAGGCGCCAAAAAAAUCAGUAGAGGGGAGAAUGAAACCAAGCGCCAAAUCAACGCGUCCCGUGAAACAGCAGCAGCAGAGAAGAAAUCAUCGGAGCAGGAAAGUGGCCGAUUUGGAUGAAGAUGGUGAAACUCACUACUCUCGGAGGUUAAAACAACAUCGUAGACCGAGAAGUACGUCUUCAAAGUUGCGUAAGGACACUGGUUAUUCUACAGCUAGCAGUCCAACAGAAGCCGACCAUCGGAAGAACAAAACAACAAAGCACGAUAAAACGGAUCACAAGAAGUAUAGGCAAGGUAGAUCGGCAAGACUAAUAGCUGAUAAGGGUUCCAACCGGGCGGAUAACGACGCACUUGAGAUAGACCAGAGAAAAGAGCGGCCAGAUAAACGAAGCCAUAGUAGGGAGGGUACCAAAAAAUCUAGUGACAGAAAAGAGAAGCGCCGUAUUGCACGCGACCGGGAGGAGCGAAAUUUCAACGAAAGCGAAGUUGACAAUGUUGAUUAUGAUGAUGGCGAUGAUGGUGCAGAAGACGUCGGAGCUUUGCCGCAGCUGGCUGGCGGCGGGCGGCAAAGGUGGAACGAAAACGAUACAAGUGAGUUCGAAAUAACUCAUGAGAAAAAAGAAACUGGUCGGGGACGCACGAAGAAGCCACACUCUGCCGUAAGAAACGUGUCAAGUACGGCAUCCUCUUCAGCUUCAACUUCGGAAUGAGGAUUGACGGGCGAGUGAGCUCCAGACUAAGAUGAUGAAAUCGGAUUGGAUUUGUGCGCAGAGCAAAGCAGCCUGAUAAAUAGAAGGGCCAGAAUACUUCUUUACUGGUGUCAGCGAUGAUGGCGCUGACGACGAUGAUACUCGGUCUUAGCACUCUAUAAUGACGUCGAUGAUGUUAACAACGAUGAGGGUAUUUUGUUCGAGUCCAGUUUGGAACGCUCUGAGGUUGAUUCGGUUCCUGUUUUUUGUCGUCGUUCGUAAGUGUGACUUUAUAUCCACUGCUCACACUUCU